CUCUGAAAUAUGGCUCGUCAGAUUGGAAACCCUUCCUUUCUUAUUCACCCUCAGCUUCCAGAAGCUUUUGGCGGGGAUAAUCUGGGGUGCUGUCCCUAGAUGCUACGCACGUGACCUUUAACUCCAACUUGGAAUCUUCAAUCUCAUCUCGUGCAGUGCGUCAAGGAACCCCACGAACCAACCCAUCACCGCUUCGAAUACUUAGGUACCUACCAGGAACCCCGAUUUUUGGCAUUAUUCAUCCCUUCCGACCUCAAAAAGAAGAUCCCAGACCAUGUCGUCUAUCGCUGAAAUCGAACAAGAGAAGAAGACGUACCAAGAACAAUUCGAUAUCGUUCUUGGUCAGCUACGCGAUGACCCCGAUAACGCAGAGCUCAAAGCUUUAAAGGACGAGUUGAACAGCUUCAUCGAUCUUCUCAAUGAACAAAUUGCUGAGCUCAAGCCUGCCCAGGCGCCCAAGCCCGCCCCCAAAGAACCAUCACCGCCACCUCAGCCCGAGAAAUGGUCUCGCGAGAACCAUCCAGCCUUUAAGAAAGCAGCUCCAGUGGAGGAAGAGAAGCAGGCUCCUGUAAACUACCAGGUCAACGAUACAAUUCUAGCCAAGUGGGUUUCUGGUGACAAGGCUUUCUACCCAGCGCGCAUCACAUCUAUCACUGGAUCCUCAACAGACCCUAUCUACACUGUCAAGUUCAAGACCUACGAUAACACUGAGACCUUGCGGUCUCGCGAUAUUCGACCUGUGUCAAACAAGCGAAAGGCGGACGGUACGCCAACAACUUCAGCACCAGCAACACCUCCAGCCCCUGGGCUGGUUUCAUCAGCGGGCGCGACAGUAUAUCCCGAAGCGAAGAAGGCAUCCGAGCAAGAUGGUGAAGUAAAGCCUCCCAAGGCUAAGAAGAUCAAGGCCAAGAAGGAGCUUGAGAAAAACAAGAACAAGUGGCAAGAAUUCAGCGCAAAGUCCAAGUUUGGAAAGAACCAAAAGAAGGACAGCAUGUUCCGUACUCCAGACGGCGUUCAUGGUAGAGUUGGCUUCACAGGCUCUGGCCAAGCCAUGCGAAAAGACCCCACUCGAAGCCGUCAUGUCUAUCAAAUGAACGAUGAGCUAGACUAAUCACCUUUCUCUCUUGGCAGGACACUCGGUUCGAUACUCAAGAGCACACAGGGGCGUUCGGGAAGUCUCAGAAGCUUAUUGCUUUGUUUGGUAACAUGCCUUGCAUUUGAUCACAGCAGAGGCUAACGACUUAUCUUUCUGGCGUUUAAUCCAGUUCUUCUUCUUCAGACUCAAGUAUAUAGGAGCGACGUGGUCUAUGUUCAUAGACUAGCCGGUGUUAAUUAAAUAAUGUUACAUGAGCAGAGAACACCUCUCCCCCUGGCUUUGAGUGUUUUACUAAAUUGGGCUGACAGGAAUCAUUAUUGUACAAGUUACUCUAUAUUGUUGAUACAUGGCGGCCGAGUAGAAGUUCGGUGGCUAUUUACCACUCAGAUCGAUCUUGGGACAGAUAUCUUGUGCUAUCUUCAAAAAGGCAUUUGCCCUCUCACUCGUAGGUUCUGCCACUACUGUGGGUUUUCCUCUGUCCCCAUCGUCUCCAAUAUUGGGGUGUAAUGGGAUAUCACCUAAAAAGUCGAUCUGGUGCUCUUGACAUAACUUCUCGACCCUUGCAUUGGAACCAAAGAUAUUGGUUUCUCCAUGACAAUGAGGGCAUGUGAACAAGGACAUGUUCUGUACCAAGCCAAGGAUAUUGACAUUGACUGUUUUGAACAUGUUGAUACCUUUGACAGCAUCUUUAGUGGCAAGAGUAUGAGGAGUUGUGACAAUGACAGAGCCUGGCGGUUGUUAGUAGAAACAGACGUGACAUCUCAUAGAAACGCACCAUCCAAAAUGACCUGCUGUGUGAUAGUCAACUGUGUAUCUCCUGUACCUGGAGGAAGGUCUAGGACAAGAACAUCAAGACCACCCCAUUCUACCUCAUGUAGAAGCUGCUGAAUAGCCUUCAUCACCAUGGGACCUCGCCAGA